CAAAUUGUCAAAAUGGCACGUCAGCAGCAAGAUGUUGAUGAGCUUUUCGACGUUAAAAAUUCGUUUUACGUUGGAAAUUACCAGCAAGCCAUCAACGAGGCUCAAAAUGUUAAACCUUCAACUCCCCUGAUAGCACUCCAAAGAGAUUCCUUUCUGUAUCGGUCAUACAUUGCUCAGGGCAACUACAGGAUUGUAUUGCAAGAAUUGCAGAGAGCAGAUCCUAUGUUGCAACCAUUGAAGAGUUUGGUUGAAUACUUGUCUCCUGGAGCUAAUAAACCGGCUGUAGUGUCUGAUAUAGAUGCUAGGGUUGCAAAGGGCAUAGAACUGGCCAAUGAAGUUUUCCUUAUAGUGGCUGCUACUGUCUACUACCAUGAAGAAAACUAUGAAGCUGCUCUGAAGAUCCUUCACGGAGCAGAAGCACUGGGGCUGCGGGCGUUCACCUUACAAUGCUUGCUGGCUAUGAACCGAACUGACUUGGCUCACAAGCAGUUGAAGGCUUUGCAGGAUGUCGAAGAUGAUGGAACUUUAACGCAGCUGUCCCAGGCUUGGCUGAAUCUAGCACAGGGAGGGCCCGGGGUUCAGGACGCCCACUACAGCGUCAUGGAGCUGGCGGAAAGGCUCGGCACGUUGGGUGCGGGGCCCGCAGCCCUGGGCGCCGCCGCCGCCGCCUCCAGAGGUAUGUGGGAGGAGGCCGAGCAGAUGCUGACGGAGGCGCAAACGCGCGCGCCGCAACAGCCGGAAUUGCUGCUGGCGUUGGCAGUGAGUGCCGUUCACAGCGGCAAGCAACCGGAGGUCUCGUCUCGUUACCUGGCUCAGUUGCUGGACUCCCACCCCGAGCACCCCUUUACCAAGGAAUACAACGCGAAGAGCAACGAGUUCAAGCGACUGUGUGAUCAGUACCAACCUUCUGUCGCAAGCUAAAUCUACAAUAAGCGUUCCCCAGACCAAUGCGUUUGUGGUCGCGGUCUGAAUGCCAAGCGUUAUAUUUUCUACCUACAUUUUACUUACUCGAGUUAACUUCGAUUUAUAUGGUAUCUGAAGAGCGCCAUCUUGUGACACCUUGUGGCACUGUUUCCCAGUAUUGAAACUCGAUCAAAUAAGUAAGCGUAGGUAAAAAAGAAGGAAUUAUAGACUACACCGCCAUUACGCUACUGGUGGUUCACAAUGUGGGGAACACGUUAUUCAGUAUAUUAUGCCAGAGUUUAAGGAUACAAAGCGUCAAUCUACGCGUGGAAGCUCCUAUAUAAAAUAUAUUUUAAAAGCAUAAGUGCGAUAAUUAAAUAUCGAACUUAUGCUAUUAAAAUAGAGUUGUAAUUUAUUAUUUUAAGUUUGACGCUUGGUCUACACGAACACGUGAGUUGACACAAGAAGUGCAUACAGUAUAUUAUAUUCCAAUAAAUAUUAUUAUAAACUAUUA